AAGCUUUUAUUUUUGUCAUACACUUGUAUAGCACUAAUGUGAUUUAACCAAUUUCAUAAAAUUCUUCACCUUCAGCUGUACCUUUCCACUAUAUGCGUUCUUUUUUUCCUUUAGAAAGCGUUUCAUUAUUUUCACUGAAGCUGGAUGACGAGGUGUUGAUGCUGAGCCCAAAUUUUAGUCCAACCUAAAAGCUUAUGGCUCGGCCUAAAGCUUUAAGGAUGUUGAAAUUGGAUGGGCCAUGGGUAAAAUCCAAAACGUUUAAGUUAAUCCCUAAAGCCCAGGACCCAAUCCGACACGUGGCGUUUGAACUCCGAGUUUACUCUCACGCAGAGAGUCAGAGAGGCCGGAAGCAAUUUCAGCUUUAAGCUUGACAUUCUGUUUCUAAAAGGGUUUUUGGCAAUCCUCGAUCAUCAAAUGGCACAGGGUUGAGCUAUUGUAGACGUCGAUUUUUCAGUGGCUGGUCAAUAACAAUCUAGCAAAGAUGCCCGCAUUAGCCUCAACUAGGUUGCUUGUAUAUUUUGGAGAAUCUUUAACUUUGCAUAGGUUGCCUAAUGUGUCUAGGAAAGUUUGGUGCCAGGCCUGCGUACGAUUUGUGAGCCACGUUAAUCAUGAUAAUGGGCCUCUCAUUCUUGCCAGCCUUGGUUUCAAGAGUGACUUCGGAAAAACGAACAAGAACAAAGAAAAUAAAAUCGAGAGGCUCAGUGUUUCUAAUGAAGCACCCAAAAGUAAGGUGAGGGUUGUUAGAAGCGACAGUAUAAAAGCAGUUAAGGAUGUUGGGGUGAAAAAAUCACUAGAAAUUGAGUCAGCGCUAUUUGCUGCAAAAUCAUUUUCUGAGCUUGGCCUCCCAUCUUUGUUGCUGGGGAGGUUAGAGACUGCAGGCUUUACGGUUCCAACUGAUGUUCAGUCUGCAGCAGUUCCAACAAUUCUCAAGGGUCACGACGUUGUGAUUCAGUCUUACACAGGCUCAGGAAAAACAUUGGCAUAUGUCCUUCCCAUACUGUCUGAAGGGCCACUGAAAAAGAAAUCUCCAAAUGGCGAGGGUCAAUCUGGGAAGAAAAUGGAGAUUGAAGCAGUUAUUGUGGCUCCCUCUAGGGAACUGGGGAUGCAAAUUGUUAGGGAGUUUGAAAGGCUUCUAGGUCCUGCAGACAAGAAAGUUGUUCAGCAACUUGUAGGAGGUGCAAACCGAUCAAGACAGGAAGAAGCUUUAAAGAAAAACAAGCCUGCAAUUGUUGUUGGCACCCCUGGCCGAAUUGCAGAGAUCAGUGCGGCUGGAAAACUUCAUACUCAUGGCUGUCGCUUCUUGGUUUUAGAUGAAGUUGAUGAGCUCCUUUCAUUUAACUUCCGAGAGGAUAUGCACCGGAUUUUGGAACAUGUGGGUAGGAGAUCAGGUGCUGACCCGCGUGGCUCACGUGCUAAGUUGGCUGAGCGUCAGACCAUUAUGGUGUCUGCAACGGUUCCAUAUUCAGUUAUAAGGGCAGCUAGGAGCUGGGGGUCUGACCCACUUCUUGUUCAAGCGAAAAAGGUCAUGUCACUUGAAUCUGUUUCUCCCUCUGGACCUGUUAAUCUCUUAGGGCCUACAUCCAGUUCAGGCUCAAGUUCAAAUAUGCAGACUCAGGCUGCGUCACAAAGCCUACCACCUGCUUUGAAACAUUACCAUUGUGUCACAAAAUUACAACACAAGGUUGAUACAUUGAGAAGAUGUGUCCACGCACUUGAUGCCAAGUCAGUGAUAGCCUUCAUGAACCAUACAAAGCAGCUAAAGGAUGCUGUCUUCAAACUACAGGCUCGAGGGAUGAAAGCUGCAGAGCUGCAUGGUGACCUUGGCAAACUUGCGAGGUCAACAACUUUGAAAAAAUUCAAGGAUGGAGAAGUGAGAGUUCUGGUGACUAAUGAACUUUCAGCAAGGGGUUUGGAUGUGGCAGAAUGUGAUCUUGUGGUUAAUCUGGACUUACCCACUGACUCUAUCCAUUAUGCACACCGAGCUGGUCGAACAGGUCGGCUUGGAAGGAAAGGUACUGUGGUAACCAUCUGUGAGGAGCCAGAAGUGUUUGUUGUGAAGAAACUGCAGAAGCAGCUUGGGGUCCCCAUUCCCGCUUGUGAGUUUACAGAAGGCAAACUUCAUGUCAUUGAAGAAGACAAAACUUUAGGGGGUGCAAGGUGAUACAUGCUCGAUUUUCUUUUCCUAUCAUAUUUUGAAAUUGACCCGGACCUUACCCCUGCUUCUAUUUGCCUCGCUUAUAAGUAUAUCAGAGGAUUGUUUUGUGGCCUAGUGAAUAUCUUUACGAAUAGUGACUGUAACUUUAUGCUUUUUCUUUAGUAAC